UCCCGCAGCUCCUGCCGCUCCGCCCGCCCAUGCCCCGGCCGCUGCCCCCGCCGGGGAGCCCUGGGGGGGCCCUGCCUCCAGCGGUUAACACCUGUAAUUGCUGUUCCUGUGGUACCAGAGCUGGAAGUCAGGCAGUCACAACAGCACAGCUUUCCCUGCUGCCCUGGAGGAGGGAAACGUGGCCUUUGAGGAGGGAAAAGGUUCUUAACAAGCUCUGAGGAGAACACCUAAUUGCUGGUCGGCAUCGUGAAGAGGUGGGAUGAGAAAUUCCUGAGAAAUCAGGAAGAGAAGGGGGCUGUGGCCUUAACACACUCAGGUGUGUGAUGUGUGCGGCGGGUCAGCAGCCCCUGGUGGGAAUCCCAGCGCACAAACCAGUCGGGGAGGGCGUGCAUGCUUUAAACCCAGUCCUGCAGAGGGAGGGGAAAAGGGAAGGAACCUGAAGCCAACCACAAGGCAGUUGAGAACGGCCUCAACACACACAGAGGGCAAGCCCAGCUUGGAGAGGAGAGGUAGGAAGGAUGUGUGGGUGCCUUGGACAAACGGCCACUGGGGAGGAGUUGAUGAGGUAAGGUGAGACUGAACCAACAAAAAGUAGAUAGAGAUUGUCUUGAGGGGCUUUGAACACUAAACACCAAGGAGAUAAGUUGGUGUAAGCUGCUCAGAGCAACAAAAAAUAAUUGCCUUGGCUGUCCCAACACUCCCCCCACUUUCCCCCUCUCCUUAAUGUGUAUUUUCCUUUGAAAUGCAGGCUUCUUUGCGUGGAUUCUGUUCACUUUUCUUCACUUUCUCCUGUAUGUUGUCACAUCAACUGCCUCCUGCACCAAGGAUGUAUGUGCCACCCAUGACCCACCUGAAUAUCAACAUCUCACUUAAACAGCUGUUAAUGAGAUGGGAAUCUCCACGUACCACACAGAGCUGUGGCUGCAGAGCAAGUAAUCCACCUGGCUGGUUACCCUCUGACCAGAAUACCACCAUUACCUGGUGAUACUAAAAGCUUUGCAGACUUCUUUAAAUAAGUUGUUUCAAGCAACCUUCAUGUUAUUGUCUGUGGCAUUUCAGAGUUAGUGUGCUGAUGGUAUGUUUUGACAGAAUUGGAUUUGUGAUCAAUCUCAGCUUCUGUUUUUUUGUCUGCAGUUGUCUGACUUAGAAAACUCUGAACACUGGCAGAGGCUGAGCAGCAGAGUUAAUUACACAUUUACUAGACCACAGUGAAAAGUUUAAACACCCUAGCUAGCAGUGUGUAACUUGCACCUCAGAACAGGCACUCUGGAAAAGAAGGACUAAAACUUGAAAUCCGUCUUUGCUCGCUUGAACCUUACUGGUAGCAGCAGGCAGCUGAAAGUGAAACAGCACUGGGAGAGGGGAACAGGCAUAGUGCUGGGAAAGAGCUCUGGGUUAAAGCUGUGUGGUACAGUGUGUGUUCAUGCUCUGAGGUGACCUGAGGCUUACGUGGAAAGGAAACAGCUUUUGGUUUUCCAGAACCAAAAUAAGUGUAAGUGGGAGUUAAGCCUUUAACUUUAGCACAGAACUGUUACCGAUCUGCGGCAGCAGAUAUUAUUGCAGGGAACUUGAACGACACGAAUCAGCACAAAAAUCAUAACUUUCUUCCACAUCUUUGUUCCACGUUUUUAGUGCAUACUGCAGUUCUGGGCCUGUAAAUCCAGUGUGUACAAAUGUGGAAUUCUAAGCAGAAAGAGAACUGGAUGAAAGGGGUUGUAUGUGAAAAUGUGCAUAGAGUGUAAAUGUUAGCCUCUGCGGUUGCUUUCUCUUAACAGAGUUCUGUUAAGCUAAGCUGAGGGACUGAUACCUUGUCACUUGCAUGGUGUUACUGCUUAAGGGUUACAAUCUAAAGGUGUGGUUGUCUGUUCCCACUCGUUAGCGUUGCCUCUUCCCGUGUCUGAUCAGCCUGAGUGGAGCCUGCAGCAGUUUCUCCGUGGCUGUGAGUGGCUCCCUGCAGUUGGGGCACACGUGGAUUACUCAUUCAGGACUGGAAAUGAGAUGUGGCUCCGUGGCGCAGGUGUUGCUGUUACACCGUGUCAGAUGCAUUACUGAACUGCUCAGGGAGGUCAAGUAACUUGGCAGUGGUCACGAGGGUGCUAUAUUCCUGAAGACCACAUAUAGUUUGCCCACUCUUCCAGACCCCGUGCCCAAUGCUUUGAGACCAGGAGGACCUUUUUUCUCUGCAAUGAAGAUGGAGGCAGUGGGAAAGGCUGAAGAACUUGCUGAUUCAGAAGUUCCACCAAAGGCUUCUGAAAAGCAAGAGGCUGCUCCUGAUGAAGACGGACCUAUAGAGCUCGAGGCACAAACCCAGAAGGACAGCAUGCCCACUGCAGCUGACUCUGCAGUGCUCUCUUCCAUGCCUUGCUUGCUGAUGGAACUGCGGCGAGACUCCUCGGAGUCCCAGCUGGCAUCCACGGAGAGCGACAAGCCAGCGGGCGGCCGAGUUUAUGAGAGUGACUCUUCCAAUCACUGCAUGCUCUCCCCUUCUUCCAGUGGGCAUUUGGCUGACUCAGACACGUUGUCUUCCACGGAAGAGAAUGAGCCCUGUCAAGCUGAAGCUAUUGCAGAGGGAGACCCUUCUGCGGCGUCCGGGGCCGCAGCUGGGAGGAAAUCCAGGAGAUCCAGGUCCGAGAGCGAAACCUCAACGAUGGCUGCCAAGAAAAACCGACAGUCCAGCAACAAGCAGAACGGUCGAGUUACCAAGGCCAAGGGCCACCGAAGCCAAAAGCACAAAGAGAGGAUCCGGCUCCUGAGGCAGAAGCGGGAGGCGGCUGCUCGCAAGAAGUACAACCUGCUGCAGGACAGCAGUACCAGCGACAGCGACCUGACCUGCGACUCCAGCACCAGCUCGUCCGACGACGACGAAGAGGUUUCAGGGAGCAGCAAGACAAUCACGGCAGAGAUACCAGAUGGACCCGCCAUUGUGGCUCACUAUGAUAUAUCAGACACAAACUCGGACCCAGAAGUGGUAAAUGUGGACAAUCUCUUGGCAGCUGCAGUAGUUCAAGAGCACAAUAGUUCUCUGGGAAAUCAAGAGUCGGGAUCUGCCUGGAGAACCAGAGGGCUGCUGGAUGAAAUGAGUGCUGAUACAGGUUGUUUGGACCCAGGCUUCCUUGCAGGUGACAUAACCUCUUCUGGUAACGCCCAGGCCAAUGAAGAAAUUAAUAUUGCCUCUUCUGAUAGCGAAGUAGAGAUUGUUGGAGUUCAGGAGCAUGCCAGGUGUGUGCAUCCCAGGGGAGGUGUGAUCCAGAGCGUGUCCUCCUGGAAGCGCGGCUCCCAGUUCAUCAACGCCCAGCAAACGCAGCCAUGGACAGCAGUGGCUCCCCAGCAGAACUGGUCCUCGCCCCCAGAAGUCGUGGACCUCACCCUGGAUGAGGACACCAGGCGCAAAUUCCUGCUGUAAUUCCGUGUCACUGUGUCCCCUUCCCCCUUCCCCUCCUCCCUUCUGUGGCACAGAAGUUCAUGAUUAAACCUUCAGUUUCAGAGCCCUCCCCGCUCCCCAACCCUGCCCCCCAACCCCGUUCUUGGCCCUAUGAAAUUCAAAGUCACGACGUUUUGGUUUUUUUUUCCUCAUGUCCACAAAGAAUGUAGUACAAUUUCAGUAUGACUUAAAAAGGGGUGUUUUUUUUUUGCCUUCUCAAAGGGGGAUUCCUCCCGAAUUAACAGCACCAAAUUUUAAAACACAUCUACAGUUUACUAACGUGCGUGUGUUAAUCUGAAGAAGUAACAGUGUGCAGACUUACACCCUCCCGCCCUUCCCCUCCUCCCAACUCCAGAACAUUUUUUAACUUAUCAGUAUACUGAGUUUGUUAGUAGAAGUUAGUGUGUUGCUGUGUGAGCAUCAGUGAUUUUAAGAAAUGGUGUGUCCUCACUGAUUUCAGUGGAACUGGGGUUAUUCAACGCUUCCGAAAUUUGGGCCAAGAGUGUUUAUACCCAAGCUGAUUUGGUUAUGUUACCAGCAGGAGGGACUGUCUUUAAUGCAAAUGGCCCAUAACAUAUGCACUGAACAGCUUUUUAUUCAAGCAUUUUUAUUUUCGAUAUUAUUUAUGGUUUAUUCAGUGCUGAAUCUUCCGUCUACUUGACUACUGUGUUUCACUGAUCAUUUCCCAUGGCUUGACAAGGCUAAAAUAGUAAUAGUAGUGACUUAGUAGCAGCUGAUUAUUGCAAAA